AUGGAACCCAAGACACCGGCCAGGCACAGGCACCGAGCUACUGCUGCCUGCAUGCAGUGUCGCAAAGCUCGGAUUCGAUGUGUGCUAGACCCCGAAUCGAAGAAGUGUCAGAGUUGUCGGGACACUGAUCAAGAAUGCGUUUACGACGAGAAGGAUGGGCGAAAAAGCCGUACAUCUGCCAAGGCGAUAGAGUCGACUUUGAUGCAGCGGAUAAGUCAUCUCGAAAGUCAGCUGAAGGAGGCCAAGGGCACGCCACAGCAGUCGGACACAGAAACUUUCGAACAGGCUCCAGAAGAACCGCCGCCGUACACGUCACCAGAGGCUUCUUCCUCGAGAUUGGCUUCGGUGGACAAUACCAGCACGAAUGAUGAUGGGAAGUCGUGUCCUGAGCAGGCAACCUCCGUGGUAUCCAAGCUUAUUCCGUCUGCGAUCCGCUUCGAUAUGGCGUCGGGGAGAGUACGAUAUUUCGGCGCAACAACACACAUGAACGUAUUAUCCCGCGUGGGAUCCGGUCCGAAUCCGCAAUUCCGGAACACGCAUUGGCCGAUUGUCCUGAUUGUCCGAGAUCUGAGUCCAGAUACACACAACUACCUGAUGGAGCUGUUUUGGGACAAGCACAACACCGUUAUCCAUCUAGUACAUUUGGAUAUGUUCCAGCGCGACCAACAGCAUGGCGGCGUCGAGUUCUAUUCCACCUUCCUCCAUCUGACGAUGCUUGCAACGGGCUUCAGGUAUGCCGACAAGACAAGGGAGGAUAUUCGGCGUUUGACUCUUCCGGGGUAUGCGUCAUCCACAUUGCAUGAAAAGGCUAAAUCCUUGGCAAAGCUUGAAAUCGACCGCCCUGGCGGCAUUCCAUCGAUACAGGCUUUCCAGUUAUUGGGAGGGCUCGAGUUUUGCUGUGGAAACGAUGAUACCGGCUGGCUUUUCACUGGGAUGUGCUUCAGAAUGAUAUUUGAUGCUGGACUGCAUGUCGACCCCAGCUCACUUUUCCUCCCAGAACGCGAAACCCAGAUUCGGCACAUGGUUCUGUGGGCGUGUAUGGCUACUGACAGACUCUGGUCUUUGUAUCUUGGGCGACCUACAACGAUCAAGACCUCGGACGUCGCACCCAGCUGCUUGUCCUUCGACUUUAGUCGGAUGAUUUUAUGUAGGCGGUCUUGGCAGGAGAAGAAAUCAACCACCAGGAUAUAUGAGGCACUCUUGCGGAUGAUGGAGAUUGUCAGCCAACUGUGUGAUCUGAGAGGGCCAAGGCCUUCCAAGAACGCGGAGCUGUACUAUAAGCUGGCCGCCAUCGAUCAGCAGCUUCGAGAUUGGCAAUCAUCGCUUCCGAAACAUCUGAAGUGGUCGACAGAGCUGCAUACGGCCAUGCCGGCUCCUUAUUACCUUUUACACACACAAUACCAUGCAGCGAUGAUUCUCCUGCACCGGCCGUUUGUACGAUACAACGAAAAGGUACAAGAGGCGAAUAGCCACUUCACAAACCUCUCCCGCAAUAGCUGCACGGAGAGCGCCAAGCAGAUUGCAGAAAUGUUCGAGCACUACCGGACGCGGUUCGACCUGGAGAAGGUCUAUGGAACGGCCGUGCAACAUGCGGGGACGGCCGCGACCGCCUUAAUGGGCGAGGUCGUGCUACAGACCGACGCACAGGAGCGGAGAAUCCUGAUCGAGAAGCUGUCUUCUUUGAGGCUGAGCAUCAGCUUGAUGUCUAAGAACUACCAGCCUGCUGGUCAGAUGACAAGCGUUGUUGACCAGUUCAUCCGCAGCGUUCAGGGCGCACCGGCGGGGGAUCCCACGCGCGGGUCGUCGUUCGAUACAACAGCCGCUGGGGGGAGCACCAGCAACGAGGGAGAUUCUUUCUCUGCUGCGACUGCCACUACUGGUCCGGUGAAUGCGCACGACGUCCAGGAUGCGUUCAUACCGACCGAGUUCGACAGCCUCUACGCGGGGACGUCGGGGCAGCGGAACCGGGGCCGUGGAGAUGCGUCCUAUACAAUCACGCCAAGUCGCGCGGGGGGCCAGUCGCCCUCGGGUCUCCCAUUCUUGCCGUCGUCGUUCUUGGAAGGGCUGAGCUCGAGUGAUUUACUGUUUUCUGAGCUGGCGGGGAAUGACUGUAGCUUCCCUUGGGAUGAGAAUUCCUGA